UCUUCACCAGCCAAUUGAACAUUCCAAACAAGAACAGGGUUUGCUUGCUUGUUUAUUUGGUCAAAGGCAGGCAUUUCAAGUGUUAAACCAUCACAAACCAGAUUAUAUCAAAGCUUCAGCUAAAAAAAGUUAGCAUAAAGAAGGCCAAUAAAAUACAGUUUUCUGUACAUAUAUACCUUUGCUUGAAAAGAAAGGAACGUGAAAAUGCCCGGAACAACAAAGACAAAAACUUUGAGAUUUGAGUAUUUAACAAAAUAACCCUAAACCAAAACCAAAAGCCUAAAGGCAAAAACCCCACAAACACAUUCUGGAAGUCCCACUCUCCCUGCUAUGUCCUCCAAGAAAAAGUAAAGUUCUCUAGUGUUUUUUGGCAAUUGUUUAACUUCAAACUCCAUUUUUUAAUCUUUAAGUCAUCAACAAUGGAUCGUCGUCAUCUCUCUUCCACCUUUGUUUUGCUCCUCUUCAUCUCCUUCUUCUCAGAAGUGAAUCCAGCUUCUUUCAAGAUCGUCAACAAGUGCCGCCACACGAUAUGGCCGGGUUUUUUAUCUGGCGCCAACACUGCUCAUCUUACAACAACCGGCUUCGUUCUAAAACCCGGCAAAUCAAGAAUAGUGACAAUACCAAAGUCUUGGUCCGGUCGACUCUGGGGUCGAACCCUUUGCCGCGUCGAUUCCUCCCGUAAAUUCGUUUGUCAAAGCGGCGAUUGCGGCUCCGGCCAAAUUGAAUGUUCCGGAAAUGGCGCCAAGCCGCCAGCCACUCUAGCGGAAUUUACGUUAAAUGGUGCCGGAGGAUUAGACUUUUACGACGUCAGCUUAGUGGACGGCUACAAUUUGCCGAUGUUGAUAGUGGUCAAGGGAGGUAAAGGCGGGAAUUGUAGCGCCACAGGUUGCUUAUUGGACCUCAACGGUGCUUGUCCAUCUGAGUUACGCGUUGCGCGUCAAAAUGGUGGUGGAGGCGUGGGGUGUAGGAGCGCGUGUGAAGCGUUCGGAGAUCCCGAAUACUGUUGCAGCGGGGCGUUCGGAACGCCUAACGUUUGUCGGCCAUCCAGAUACUCGUUGUUUUUCAAGCAUGCUUGCCCACGCGCGUAUAGCUAUGCGUACGACGAUACCACGAGUACGUACACGUGUGCCGGCGCUGAUUACGUCAUCAUGUUCUGCCCUCCUCCUUAUACCAGUCAGAAAGUGUUUGGUGCAAGGAAGGAUGGAGCGCUGCUACCGCUUGUAAAUAAGAGUAUGAUAUACAUAUCCAGCCUACAUGCAAAUGGGGCAUCACUAUCAGUAGCAAGGAGUAGCUCAACUGAAGGGAGACAUUCUAUACGCUGGAUUAAAAUGAGCGGCAACAUAAAUUUGCAUAUUGCCUACAGAUAUUGGGAUUUCACGUUUGCCACACAAAUAUUGUACACAUUUUGUUUUUAUACUGAUACACUAAAGGUUUCCAAGUUUUUACUGUCAAAUGAAUAUCAAGGUUUAAAUUCAACAUAUCCUUUGACCAUCUGAUGUUAUAUCUAUGAAUUUUAGAUGGGUUAUGUAAAGGAAUGGUGGUAGGAUUUGAGUUUCUGGUCCUGAAACUGGGUAUCUCUCACUAAGCUGAGAGUUCAUUUACUAAUAGAAAGAGAGCUCCAACCAAAUCUUACGUAAAAACGUCAAAUGUCCUUUACGCUUUCCGAGUGUGAGGGGAAAUCUGGCUUCACCUAACAUGCAAUUUGCUCUCGCAUUAGCUGUAAGCAAGCCAUGUCGAUACUGGACUGGACCAGUCCAUUGUUGGAUGUUUGCAACUCUCAUCUUCAACACCACCACAUGUAUUCCAGGGGGUACAACGUUAUCUGUGCUUCAUCUAACGCCUGUGCGGUCAACUUUCAAGUUUUAAUUUAUGCAGAGUCACUCAUGAAAAUGUCUGAUUUGUAGGCUGCUAUUAACAGGUAUAACGUGUACUGUAAUAGUGAGUCAUAACAAAGUAGUCGAACAUGUAAGAAUAGUUAAACGUAAAUAAAGAAGAGACCAAAGUUAUAGUAGUUUGGUUAAUAAAUCUA